GUUUCCCCCCUCCUAGCUGUUUACACCACACCCAGAAGGGACGUAGUCUUUCUUCUGGACGGUUCAGAUGGCACUAGGAAUUCUUUCCCAGCUAUGCGUGACUUCGUGCAAAGAGUAGUGGAGAAAUUCAACAUAGAGGCCAACAGAGACCGCGUUUCUGUGGUCCAGUACAGUGGAGACGCUGAGGUCCAUUUCUAUCUGAACAGCUACACGACAAAGGAAGAGGUUCUUGACCGUGUCAGAGGCCUGAGACACAAAGGAGGCAGACCCCUCAACAUGGGGGCAGCUCUCCAGUACGUCAGAGACAGUGUCUUUACUGCCACCUCUGGCAGCAGGCGGCUGGAGGGUGUGCCGCAGAUACUGGUUUUGUUUAGCGGGGGAAGGUCAUCUGACAGUGUCGAUGCAGCAGCCUCCUCUCUGAAAGAGCUUGGCGUUUCGACCUUUGGAAUAGGAUCGAGGGGCUCUGAUAGCAGAGAAUUGCAGAGAAUUUCAUCCGACCCCAAUUACGCUCUGACCGUGUCCGACUUCAGUGAGCUUCCAAAAGUCCAAGAGCAGCUGCUGGCCUCUGUCCAGGAUGUUGCAAUGCCUGUCACUCCGACUUCUCCGACUCUGACCGCUGAUGACGCCAUACCCAGAAAGGACGUAGUGUUCCUGCUGGACGCAUCAGAUGGCACUAGAAAUACUUUCCCGGCGAUGCGUGACUUCGUGCAAAGAUUAGUGGAGCAAUUCAGCAUAGAUGCAAACAGAGACCGUGUUGCCGUGGUGCAGUACAGUAGAGACGCAGAGGUCAAUUUCUAUCUGAAUACCUACACAACAAAGGGGGAGAUCUUGAACUCUGUCAGAGGUCUGAGGCAUAGAGGAGGGAGACCCCUCAACACUGGGGCAGCUCUCCAGUACGUGAGGGACAAUGUCUUCACCGCCUCUGCGGGGAGUAGAAAGCAAGCGGGUGUCCCUCAGAUUCUCAUCCUCCUCAGUGGAGGACAGUCAAGCGAUAACAUAGAUAUACCUGCCUCCGCCUUGAAACAGGGCGGGAUCUUGAUUUUUGGUGUCGGCACCAGAAAUUCCAGCAGAGAGGUGCAGAGAAUUGCCAAUGAUCCUACCUAUGCACAGUCCAUCAAUGAAUUCUCUGACCUUCCCAGUGUCCAACAGCAGUUUAUCAGCUCCCUCAACAAUGUGCUUGGUCAAGUCAAGCCGGUGACAGCUACUGUGCCGGGUAAGACAGAUUCCCGCAUGCCUCUAGAAAACAGUACUCUGAGCUCCUCUUUGCAAAGCGUGCAGUUGACCCUGAACAGUUUAAGUUAGCACUGCAUGUGAGCAGAGCCGUGGGAAAUUAGGCUAAAAAGCCAAGGGCUUGAACUCUAGUCACUGAUACAUUUUAAAGUGUUUGUUCAUUCACUCGUUAGCUUGCUUUAGGCCAAGUUUUUCU